CACGCCAAUUAAUGGAGUACAAAUUUUUGCAGAACAGACCUCACUCUCUCUCUCUCUCUCUCUCUCUUUCUCGAGCCCCUACCUUCUUCCUUGCCUAUGCUUCUCUCUCUCUCUCUCUCUCUUUCUCUCCAUCAGCUUUGUUCUUCAUUUCUUAGCCCAAUAUCACAAGGGUUUUCUUGUAACUCCCUCGAGUUUCUAAAAAACUUCUAAAGAAGAGUUUUUGUUUUUCUUUGAUAAACAGGGGUUUUUGGCUGGAGAGGAUUGUUAUUACCUCCUUCAAUCAGGGACCUUCUUGAAAGUUAUUUGUUUUAAGCAAUCCCACCAUUUUACUUGCAAGAAGAUGAAAUGGGCAUUUGAUUAAAGGAAGAAGAAAAAGAAAAGAAGAAGAAGAGGAAGAAGAAGAAGAAGAAGAAAAAAGAAGAAAAAGAAGAAGAAGCUGCUUUAGCUUUGGCCAACAAAGAAAAAAAUGGGUUGUGUUGCCUCAAAGUUAGAGGAGGAAGAAGAAGUAGUUUCCAUUUGUAGAGAAAGAAAACGCCAUUUAAAGUUAGCUGUUGAGAGAAGGUAUGCUCUUGCAGAAGCACAUUGUAAAUAUUGUCAAGCUUUAUAUGCUGUUUCAGCUGCCAUUAAACUCUUUGUAGCUCGCCAUUCAUCUCCUUCUCCUUUCCUCAUUACAUUCCCUCCUCCCUCUCCUCCUUCUGAAAAAGUUAUAACCAAUCCAAUGUUUCUUCAGCAAAUGCCUUCUGAUUCCACUCAUGAAACCAUAGCCACCUGCCCUUCUUGUAUUUCUUCUUCUUCAACCUCUUCACAAUCCUCCAUUGAAGAAAGAGAAGAAGAAUCAGUAGAAGAGGAGAGGAUCGAACAAGUUCCUCCUUAUUUCUACAUGCAAAUGCCACCCCCAAUGCCAUCCCCUCAAAGGGAGUUUGGAUGGGAUUUCUUCAAUCCAUUUGAGUCAAUGAGGACUGAUGUCGUCGGCGAAUAUCGCGAGGAUGAGCUCAGGAUGGUGAGGGAGGAAGAAGGAAUUCCAGAGUUGGAAGAAGCCGAGGUAGAGAAAGAAGAUGGAAACCAGAGAGUUGUGGCUGUUGCUGAGGAGGAAAAUGUUGGAGCUUUUAGAGAGCAGAGGAAUGGAGUUGAAGUGAUUAAAGUUGGAGACAAGGAAGAUGAGGGUCAAUUUAAGCAGAAAGGGCUAACAGUCAUUGAUACACCAGUUGAAGGAAGGGAGCUUUUGGAAGCAUUACAAGACGUUGAGGAUUAUUUUAUCAGGGCUUAUGAUUCUGGAGUUGAUAUUUCUAGGAUGUUAGAGGCUAACAAAAUUCAACUUCAAUCUGGUUUAGAAGAAAUUAAAGAAAACUCGACGAAACUCAUCCAAGCGAUUACCUGGCACCGUUCUGUUUCGGGCAAGCCUUCAUCAUGUAAAAGUCUAGUAGCAUCGAGUUCAAAAGGUUCUCCAGCAUGGACAGAGUUUAAGAAUGAGCUGUUUGAUGAUUACGAUGUAAUGGACUCAGGAAGUCAUUCUUCGACUCUUGGACGAUUAUAUGCUUGGGAGAAGAAGCUCUACGAAGAGGUCAAGGCUGGGGACAGCAUGCGCAAACUGUAUGAGAAAAGGUGCUCGCGACUAAGGAACCAAGACGUUAAAGGGGAUAAUGGAGUUAGUACCGAUAAAACUCGAGUUGCAGUAAAGGAUUUAUAUGCCAGGAUCUUGGUUGCCAUACGGAGUGCAGAAUCGAUCUCGACAAGAAUUGAGAAACUAAGAGACGACGAGCUACAACCUCAGAUUAUUGAGCUAUUAAAAGGCUUAACAAGAUCAUGGAAAAUCAUGUUGGAAGUUCAUGAAACCCAGAAAAAGAUAAUUCUUGAAGUGAAGACUUAUUCCUGUCAUUCCUAUCUGAAGUUCUGUAACGAAUCUCAUCGUCUUGCAACUCUUCAGCUUGGGGCUGAGCUCCAAAACUGGCGUUCGUGUUUUUCAAAAUAUGUUGAAUCACAAAAGGCUUACGUUGAAGCUCUCCAUGGAUGGCUGACCAAGUUCGUAGUGCCUGAGGUUGAGUUCUACUCUCGGGGUCGAGCAUCAGCUGUGCCGUAUGGGCUGCACGGACCUCCAUUGCUUUCAAUCUGCCACAAUUGGCUAUCUUCCAUGGAAAAGUUACCUGAUAAACCAGUUGCCUUUGCAUUGAAAAGUUUUGCAAAAGAUAUGAAAGCUCUAUCAGAUAUACAGAUGGAGGAGCAACACCAAAAGAGAAGAGUCGAAAGUCUCGGAAAGGAACUUGACCGAAGGAUCUUGUCAUUACAGAAAACAGAGAACAAGUUCUUUGAGUUCAACUUUACCGAGACGAAAUCAGAGUUGGAAGUGGAAAAUCAGAACGAGUACUUAACCGAAAAGAAAGAUCAGCUGGACUUGUUCAAAAAGAAGCUUGAUUUGGAGAAGGAAAAACACAACAACUGCAUUCAAGAAGCUCAAAGGAUUACAUUAAAUGGAAUCCAAACAGGGUUUUCUACAGUUUUUGAAUCGUUAUCCGAGUUCUCCAAGGCGUCCCAAAAAAUGUACGACCACCUUGUGAAUUACAGUGAGAAUGCCAAUAAAUCUGAAAACAUAAACUAUAUUGAGGGCUCCUCACAAACUGAAGAAAAUGUUGGCAGAUAAUGAAGGACAAUACCAAAAAAGUGGUCGGUUUACUCAGAGUUCUGUAAAUUAUAAUUUGUCGAAGCAGCUCGCUGAGACAUUGCAAUUUGUAUUUUUAUUCUAGCAUCUCCUCUUAGAAAUUUGUUAAGAUUUUUGUUACAUGCUUUCAUUGCCCACAAUUUUGUUGCAGAUGUCAAUUUAUUGGCUUUUUUUCUACAUAUUAUUGGGAAGAAACCAAAGAAAUGUAGAUUUGGAGAUUUUAAGUGGGCAAUUAUUGUAAGUAGCUUCAAUGUACCUGAAAAACAAAGAAGCUUGAGACCUAAAUUUAAUGGUUGAACAGCUCCAUUUUAACCUUUUCAGUUUCCC